AUGAUGUUCGCAACAGUGUGCACUAAAGACCAAGACACCUCCAGAGGAAGCAAACUGAUCAUGACACAGAAAAAGAAAAGCCCAGUAGCAGUCCUUGUGGAAGAAGUGAAUAUCACCAUGGAUAGGCCUGUGAAAAAGAACUCAACCAGUGGAGAUUUGGUGGAUGGGAAGAGAUCCUCCAGAAAGCCAAGCCCAAAGGCAGAGGCCACACGAAGCAAGUCACAGUCUCCCUCCAAUAGGAAGAAGAGAACCCAUGACAGCAAAAGGGAAGAAAAAGAAGGAGGCAGUAGAGAAAUCAAGGUGAGGACUCCGUACAGGAAGAAAGAUGUCCGGAGGAAACAACGGGAAGUGUUUGGGGAAGAAGAGUGGAGCAAAGCAGGGAAAUCUUGUAAUGGGAAGAGGAAGAGGAACCAGAAACUUUCCCACAAGGAACAGAAAGAAGCCAAAAAUAAAGAAAAGCAAAUUCAGAGGAAGAAAGAUAAGCAGCUGAAGAAACACAGCUCUUCUCCAUCAGUUUCCAACUCCUCAGAUGAAGAGUCCAUUGCAGAGGAAGAAAUGGCCCGCAUCAUGGAACAGGUGGAAGAGAAAAAGAAGGUCAUAGCCACCAUCCGGAAUAAGCCUUGGCCGAUGGUGAAAAAAUUAGAAGUGCUCAGGGAAGCCCAAGCUUUUGUAGAGAAGUUUGAAGGAGCAUUAGGAAAGGGAAAAGGCAAGAAAUUCUACGCCUAUAAAAUGAUGAUGAAUAAGAAAUGGAUCAAAUUUAAGCGGGAUUUUGACAAUUUCAAGACUCAGUGUAUUCCAUGGGAAAUGAAGAUCAAAGAGAUUGAAAGUCACUUUGGUUCUUCAGUCGCCUCCUAUUUCAUUUUCCUCCGGUGGAUGUAUGGAGUGAAUCUAGUGCUUUUUGGUUUGAUUUUUGGGCUGGUCAUAAUCCCAGAGGUUUUAAUGGGGAUGCCCUAUGGAAGCAUACCUAGGAAAACUGUACCCCGAGCUGAGGAAGAGAAAGCUAUGGAUUUUUCAGUUCUUUGGGAUUUUGAGGGUUAUAUCAAGUAUUCUGCUCUCUUUUAUGGCUACUACAACAACCAGAGGACAAUCGGAUGGCUGAAGUACAGGUUGCCAAUGGCUUACUUCAUGGUGGGGGUCAGUGUGUUUGGUUACAGCCUAAUGGUUGUCAUUCGAUCGAUGGCCAGCAAUGCCCAAGAAAGCACAGGUGAAGGAAAUGGUGACAACUUCACUUUCAGCUUCAAGAUGUUUACUAGCUGGGACUAUUUGAUUGGCAAUCCAGAGACAGCUGACAACAAGUAUGCAUCUAUAACCACCAGCUUCAAGGAGUCUAUUGUCGAUGAACAAGAAAGCAACAAAGAAGAAAAUAUCCACCUGACCAGAUUCCUCCGGGUUUUAGCCAACUUCCUCAUCAUCUGCUGUUUGUGUGGAAGUGGGUAUCUCAUUUAUUUUGUGGUGAAGCGAUCCCAGGAAUUCUCCAAAAUGCAAAAUGUCAGCUGGUAUGAAAGGAAUGAGGUUGAAAUUGUAAUGUCCCUGUUGGGGAUGUUUUGUCCACCACUGUUUGAAACCAUCGCUGCCUUGGAGAAUUACCACCCUCGAAUUGGGCUCAAGUGGCAGCUAGGACGCAUCUUUGCUCUAUUUCUUGGAAACCUCUACACAUUCCUGUUGGCAUUAAUGGAUGACGUCCAUUUGAAGCUUGCUAAUGAAGAGGCAAUCAAGAACAUCACCCAUUGGACCCUAUUUAACUAUUACAAUGCCUCAGUGUGGAAUGAGAAUGUGACUCGGCCCCCACUUCAUCCAGCAGACGUGCCCAGAGGUUCUUGCUGGGAGACAACAGUGGGCAUCGAAUUUGUGAGACUCACAGUGUCUGACAUCCUGGUGACAUUUAUAACCAUCCUGCUGGGAGACUUCCUCCGGGCUUGCUUUGUCAGAUUCAUGAACUACUGCUGGUGUUGGGACCUGGAGGCAGGAUUUCCUUCAUACUCAGAGUUUGACAUCAGUGGAAAUGUGUUGGGUUUGAUCUUCAACCAAGGAAUGAUCUGGAUGGGCUCCUUUUAUGCACCUGGACUAGUUGGAAUUAAUGUGCUACGCUUAUUGACCUCCAUGUAUUUUCAGUGCUGGGCAGUGAUGAGCAGCAACGUUCCCCAUGAACGGGUUUUCAAGGCCUCCAAAUCCAAUAAUUUUUACAUGGGCUUGUUACUACUGGUCCUGUUUCUCAGUCUCUUGCCAGUGGCUUAUACCAUCAUGUCCCUGCCACCUUCUUUUGACUGUGGACCAUUCAGUGGGAAAACCAGAAUGUAUGAUGUCAUCCAGGAAACCAUUGAGAAUGAUUUCCCAACCUUUGUCAGCAAGAUCUUUGGUUAUAUAGCAAAUCCAGGCCUCAUCAUACCUGCCAUUCUACUCAUGGCCCUGGCUAUCUACUACUUGAAUUCUGUUUCUAAAGGCCUUGCACGAGCCAAUACACACUUGAGGAAGAAAAUCCAGGCACUCCGAGAAGCUGAGAAGACAAGCAAAAGCAUCAAAGCCAGCGCUGCCAUGAAAACCUUCACAAACAGCUUCAAGAACAUGAACCAGCUCCAAACCAGUGAUGAAGGAAACAAAUCAGAAUCUGAUAAUCAAAACCACCCUAAGAAGAAAGAGGAGGGGGACGCCAAGAAUAUCAGCUCUGGCAGAGGAAUGAUGCUACCAGCUAGCCUGCGCCUGGCAGUAACCAGACCCCCUGGUCCAAAGUCUGGAGGACCCUCACCUGGAAAGCUCCAGCCCCACCUCCAGCCACCGGGGUCACCGCCUGGAAGGGGAAAGGGAAACCCAGGACGGUGA